CCCGGGGCCCACAAGCACCGGUGGGGUCGCAGCAGCUCAACUGACUCCUGGCAGGCGGCCGCAAUUUCGGGACAUGAAAGAAUUGUAAGACUUCUUAAAUGACCAUCAAAUACAAUGAAUGAGGUGAAAGAAUUACUCAGGAACAUCGAACAGACUUACAAACUUUUCCAACAACAGCAGUUCACUUUUAUUGCCGCCUUGGAGCACUGCCGGGAGAAUGCUCACGACAAGAUUAGACCCAUCUCGAGCAUUGGUCAGGUGCAGAACUACAUGGACCACUAUUGCAACAACAGCACUGAUAAUCGGAUCCUUCACAUGUUCCUGAAACUCUGCACUGAGCUGAGCAAGCUCUGCCAACAAUUCGAGUCCCUGCACCCUGGCACCCCAGCCACCAACAAUAUCUUGGAGAAAUGCAAAAUCCUUGUCAGCCAAAGCAACGACCUGAGCAGCCUGAGGGCAAGAUACCCACAUGAUGUGGUCAACCACUUGAGCUGCGAUGAGGCAAGGAAUCACUAUGGAGGAGUUGUGAGUCUUAUACCUAUAACACUGGACUUAAUGAAAGAAUGGAUUGCCCACUUUGAGAAAUUACCGCGCAAAGCAAUUCAGCACGGGGCGACUUAGCUUCUGUACUCUUGCUUCCUUGGGGGAGACACUCAAGAAUUAAAGUGCUCCACCAGCUAUCUAUGUGGCUUGGUUUAUUGGGAUUUUCCCCUUACUGUACCCUCGAUUUAUCCUAAAACA